ACCUCUCACGAGAUUGCUCCUCUAUAACCCGAUGACGUGUAUGUAUGGCGACAGAUGGCGCAGCAGUAAAGAAAAUACGACGCAUGUAAUCCAAAUUGCUAUUGAAAUCUACUUUCCAACCGCAGCUUAAAUUUAUUGCCCCAGAUAUACAUGCGGACAUUUCCCAAUAACUUUCUGCCGUUAUAAAAUCCACAUAAAUAGAUUGCAUAAAUCCAUCACAAGCCGCUUUCUUUCUCACAUUCUUGAAAUUGUAGAAAACGCAAGUGUGAAUGGCUAGCGUGGGUUCUGAGACAUCAAACAAUUUCUUGAUUGUGAGUGAUGAGAAUGGAGGGGUUUUGGAUUUGUUCAAGUUCUUGGUGUUUAAUGACGGAGGAAGUGGGGCUAAGUUUCUUGAAACUUGUGGGUCCUUACAAGAAAAGCUUUUGGGGGAUGAUGAUGGCGGUGGUGGUGGUGGGGAGGUGACACCUGAUCACAGGUGGGUGAUAGUUGUGUCCAUUUUGGUGAGGAAAUUAAUUAAGGUAGUUGGUAAGCCCAUGCAGUGGAGUGGCUAUGUUGUGGAGUUCAUUCUUAAUCUUCUGUCUCUCAAUGGCAACUUUCUUGGAUUGAUGUUCAGAAUCCUUCAAGGUAACGUGGAAAUGCCAAAAAGGGGCUCAGAAACAUUCAUAAGCGCAAUUGGACAUUUAGAUGGACGAGUAGAACUGUUGCGGAUGAAGAAAGACGACGAUUUUGAGAAAAGAAGUUGGCAAGUGGAGAUGGGUGAUCGAGCUUUGAUGGACCUGUGUAUGAUGAGUUCCAAAUUGGCAUAUGAAAAUGCUGAGGUUGUUAGAAAUGUUGUACAACUCCAUUGGAAGAUGCAUUUUGUGGGAUUUUACAACUGCUGGAAUGAAUAUCAGAAAGAGUUGGAUACACAAGUUUUCAUAAUGUGUGAUGAAGCAGAGGAUGCAAAUUUGAUAGUGAUUAGCUUUAGGGGCACGGAGCCAUUCGAUGCUGAUGAUUGGAUCACCGACUUCGACUACUCGUGGUAUGAGAUCCCAAACCUGGGAAAGGUGCAUAUGGGAUUUCUAGAGGCCCUAGGCUUAGGCAACAGGGUUAAGACCUCCACAUUCCAGAUGCAUUUGCAAGCCAAAAGUGAUGCCAUGGUGUCUGAUUCUGACAUGGGAGAGACGACAGCAUACUAUGUUGUGAGGCGUAAGCUCAAGGAGCUGCUCCAACAGCACAAGAAUGCAAAGUUUGUCGUGACGGGGCACAGUCUAGGAGGGGCGUUGGCCAUAUUGUUCCCAACCGUGCUAGUGGUGCAGGAGGAGGAGGAGGUGCUGCAACGCCUAUUAGGCGUCUACACCUUCGGACAGCCUAGGGUUGGCAACCGAGAGCUAGGAAGAUACGUGGAGGCGCAUCUGGAAGCAAGGUACCUCAGGGUAGUUUACUGCAAUGAUCUCAUUCCGAGGCUGCCUUAUGACAACAAAACCUUCUUGUACAAGCAUUUUGGCAUAUGCUUAUACUACAACAGCCUCUAUAUUCAGAAGAAGGUAGUUGAAGAGCCAAAUAGAAACUACUUUGGAGUGGUGUACUUGAUCCCAGAAUAUGCAAAUGCAGUGUGGGAACUGAUGAGGAGUUUGUUAAUGGAGUGCGCGUACGGCCCAGAUUACCGAGAGUCGUGGGAAUCGUUUGUGCUGCGCUUGGCUGGACUUGCAAUACCUGGUAUCUCUGCUCAUAAUCCUCUAGAUUAUGUCAACUCUGUUAGGAUAGGAAGACGAACAUCUCAAGUUGAUGUUCUUGCACAUGAAUCUUGAGAUUGAAAUAAACUGUUUGAGACAAACUUGGGGUUUCAGACAUCCAAUUAGUCAUGUCAUGCUGCACAUAAAGUGUACAAUGUUGCCAGAUUUUGAGAAUACCUUUUGUACAAAGGCAAGAGUCAGGAAACAUAUUUUCCAAUUCACAAUCUAGAAUUCUUUAUUGUUAAUUUAGCUUACAUAAUAUAUACUCCUUCCGUUCCA